CGAAUUUGUCAACAAUUCUUAAACAAUUUAACAACAAAAAUAAACUGCUGUUUUACUAUAAACGUGAUUAUUAGUGUUUAUUGACAAUUUUUUAGUUAGUUUUACUUAUUACGAUGACUUCAGCACUAUAUCUCGAACACUAUUUAGACAGUUUAGAACAUUUACCAAACGAAUUGCAAAGAAAUUUCACUUUAAUGAGGGAUUUGGACUCUAGAGCUCAAACUUUGAUGAAAAAUAUUGAUUCUCUGGCCGAUGAGUAUUUGAGAAAUCAGAAAACUUUGACUUCUGACCAAAAAAAGGAGCAGUUGGAGAAAAUUCAGAGCCUGUUCAAUAAAGCAAAGGAAUAUGGAGAUGACAAAGUGCAAUUAGCAAUACAAACUUAUGAAUUAGUAGAUAAACAUAUUAGACGAUUAGAUAAUGAUUUAGCUAGGUUUGAAACUGAAAUACAGGAUAAAGCCCAGAACUCCAGGAACCAGGAUGAACCAUCUGUGGGCAAAAAAGGUAGAAAGAAGCUUAAAGAUGGCAAAACAGAGAAGAAGAAGAGGUCUGGUAACUCGAGUGAAGAAGAUUCAGCUGGUACAAAUAGGGGUGGGAAAAAGAAGAAACAAAAGUCGGGAACAGGGAAUACAACAAGCAAUAAUACUGGAAGUGGGGCAAAGACUACUUCAGGUGAGGUUGCAGACGUUGUGGCCUCUGUACUGCCUGGUCUGACUCAUCCAAGCGAUGUUUUGGACAUGCCUGUGGAUCCAAAUGAACCCACAUACUGUCUAUGUCACCAGGUUUCUUAUGGUGAAAUGAUAGGCUGUGACAAUCCUGAUUGUCCCAUUGAGUGGUUCCAUUUUGCGUGCGUCGGCUUAACGACAAAACCGAAAGGAAAAUGGUAUUGUCCCAAGUGUAUUCAAGAUCGAAAGAAAAAAUAAUGAUAGUAGACAUAUUAGGCAAUUCAUUCCAUUUGUUUUAUAAGCUCAUUUAAUGUUAUGUAUAUACGUUUGAGAGUAUAAAUGUACCUAUAAAUUAUUUAUUUAUAAUAUUUCUUACCUAUUUUUAUAUGAUUUAAUCACGAUCGUUGGAUCUCAAAGUGUUUUAUUG